AGGGAGUGGGCAGGUGGAGAAGGUGGAGACAGAGAGUGUCAAACUGUGAGGGGAAACUAGAUUAAGGCAGAGAAGCAGCAGAGGGAGGGAGAAGAAGAAGAGCUAUCAUUCCUCUAGCACGCUGAGAGAAACCAGUGAGGAGCUUUCCUUAUUCACUCUCGCUCUCUGCCAGAGUGAGAGGGGGAGAGCGAGAGAGUAAACGAGAGAGAGAGAGAGCUAUACUACUCCACCGCUGACGGUGUGAACACAACGAGGAGAGAGGGAGAGGGAGAGAGAGGCAGAGAAGCACAAGACUAGCCACAGGGAAGGAGAGAGAGACAGGACGGAGGAGAGACAGAGUGGAGGGAGGGAAGAGGAGGAUGAGGGAGGAGUGGAGAGAGAAGACAGACGCUGAUCUUUGACUGUUGAGGACCGAGUGCGAGUGUGUGAGCGUGAAGGAGUGUGCUUGUGAGACUGGGUGCGAUGGAUCACUGUUCCUGCACACUGUAAGUCUCAGUGCAUGGCAGGGCAUUUAGAGUGUGUGAGUUUGGUUUCAUUGUGUUGGGUGGUGUUUUAUCAGACAUAGCACAGUGGCUGAGGGAUUACGACAGCUGGGGAGAGAGUGUGUCUACGUGUGUUGUGGUAGCGAGCAGGGGCAGCUGUGUGUGUGUGUUUGUCUGUGUGAAAGAAGCAGGGCAGCUGGAGACAGAGAUAGGUAGAGAGGCCAGGUACACCUAGAGGGCAAGUUCACAAAGAGAGAGAGCCCACGUGAGGAGAGAACAAGUGAAAACAGGGACACCAACUCUGCCACCAGAUACAGAGUUUGUAUGUGUGCGUCUGCACAGCGGCAUACAGAGAAGCACCCGUCCAGUCAUCUCAGGUCAGCGCAGCGGGGGUCCAGGGAUGUCCAUCAGGCAGCUAUGGGGGCCCAGUGAGCUGUAGUAGAGGACGCCCUCGGCCCCCAGUCCCACCCAGCAGCAGCGCUCUCUCUUCCCCUCCGGUGGGUAGACGCACGUGGGCCUAGGGCACCUCAAAGCCCAGAGUGAGGGCCAACAGCGGGGUUCCUGUACCCAGAGGAGUAACCACGGCCAUCAUGGGGGAGUGGACCAUCCUGGAGCGCCUUCUGGAGGCUGCCGUCCAGCAGCAUUCCACCAUGAUCGGAAGGAUUCUUCUGACCGUGGUGGUGAUCUUUCGGAUCCUGAUCGUGGCCAUCGUUGGCGAGACGGUGUACGAGGACGAGCAGACCAUGUUCAUCUGCAACACCCUGCAGCCGGGCUGCAACCAGGCCUGCUACGACAAGGCCUUCCCCAUCUCCCACAUCCGCUACUGGGUCUUCCAGAUCAUUCUGGUGUGUACCCCCAGCCUGUGCUUCAUCACCUACUCUGUGCACCAGUCGGCCAAGCAGCGUGACAGACGCUACUCCUUCCUCUACCCGCUGCUGGAACGUUCGGAUUACGGGCAAAGCGGCACCAGGAAGCUUCGUAACAUCAACGGCAUCCUGGUGCACCACGGCGACGGUGGCGGGAAGGAUGAGCAUGACUGCAUGGAGGUGAAGGAGAUCCCCAAUGUGCCGCGGGGGCUCACACAUGGCAAGAAGUCCAAGCAGCGCCAGCAGGAGGGCAUCUCACGCUUCUACAUUAUCCAGGUGGUGUUCCGUAAUGCACUGGAGAUCGGCUUUCUGGUGGGACAGUACUUCCUAUACGGCUUCAGCGUGCCGGGCAUCUUCGAGUGCGACCGUUACCCCUGCUUGAAGGAGGUGGAGUGCUACGUGUCACGGCCCACCGAGAAAACGGUCUUCCUGGUCUUCAUGUUCGCUGUGAGUGGCAUCUGCGUGCUGCUCAACCUGGCAGAGCUCAACCACCUGGGCUGGAAGAAAAUCAAGGCAGCCAUCCGGGGCGUGCAGGCCCGCCGCAAGUCCAUCUGCGAGAUCCGCAAGAAGGACAUGUCUCACUUGUCACAGCCCCCCAACAUGGGCAGGACCCAGUCCAGCGAGUCUGCCUACGUCUGAUGGAGACAGGGCUAAAUGCUGGGUAAGUGAGGGGGCAGGGUAGGGAACGAGUGGGACGACCACUCCAUUCCGCUCUCUCUUUUUAGUUUUAAUGGAAAGAGGAGGAGGAGGAGGAGGGGAAGCUGCCACGGAAUAUUUGGUGCAUUUUUUUAUUACUUUAUUAUCAGCUGCACCUGUUCUUGUCAUACCUUGUCAUGUGAAUGAUGUUUUGAUUGGGACGUUCCCAAUGGGAACGGGAGCCUUUAAGGAGAGGCUUCUGGCUGUUGUAGGGUUUUCGGGCCAGGGAUGGUGAAGGGGACCGAGGGGUUGGCUAUGUCAUGGUGCUGUUCUGGCUUAUUUCAUCCAUGAUGAAGAGAGCAGGAGGGGUCGUUAACAGAGAAAGAGAGGAAGAGCUGUCGCAACGAUGAUUGACUCUCCACAAGCAGCGUACAGGGAGUCAACUUUCUAGCCUCUCUUUCCUGCUGUGGAGAGAGAAUGAUGUUCCUCUCAAGCUAGUUCCCAGAGAUUACGAUGACAGAGAGAGACAGUGUUCGGGAGUCCUGGAGCUGGUGCCAGAAGAAGCUGCUGUUUACGUUUUGUCUCCUGGCAAACAAUUAUUAACACAAACACAAAAAAUGUCUCUACUUCUCCGCUGCUGGCACCUGCACCGUUGAGACGGAGGGUGGAUGACAGUAAUGUCUUCUUGUCCUCUUCUCCUGCGUGUAAACUUUAGAGAGGAACCCAAGGAGGCCACGCAUAAACGACACUUCCACAGUCACAAACCGUUCCCCUCCACACAAAAACACCCCUGCGCCGAGCUUCUCUCUCCAGCAUUCCAAUGUAUUGCGUGUGUUUGUGACUGACUGAAAGAAAGAGAAAAAUGAAGUGAAAGAGAGAAAUAGGAGAGUAGAAGAGGAACCUUCUCCUUGCACUCUCGACAGAGAGGAACCAGAUCAUUUGAUUACUAAUUUAAAUGUUUACGAUAUCAUUAUUAUGAGUUGAUUUAUUCCUUUCGUGACGAAGUUGGUACCAGCCUUUGGAUUUACUUCUUGUUUGAAAGUUCCUGCAUAUUAUUUCAUCUUUUAGUUGAGAGAGUAUAUCAAAAUAGAUGUAUUUAUCUUUAUGGAGGGAAGGGAGGGAGGGGAGGGAGGGGGAGGGCGAGGGGAGGCAAAAAAACAUGGUUGGGAUCAUGGGGGUACUUAAAAUGUAUAAAUAGCCUUGUUUUUUUUGUUUCUGAUCGAUGGAACUGUAUUUGUGUCUGAGAGGAGGAUUGCAAGAGGUAUUUGAAGAAGGCAGGUUUACAAAGCAGUGUUUCUAGAAUGAACCAAGUGUUAUCAUGGAUUGUACUCUUGACAGAGAACAUGCUAAUCUACUGGUUUGUGCUGCAUCUCUCUCAUCUGUGGUGAUCAGCAGGCAUGCCUUUAAGAGAAGAGAAAAGAUUGAGGAAAAUACAAAAGGAAAAUAAGUAUUGCAGCAUGAUCCCUGAAGACAGGCGGGAGAACGGCAGACAGAAAGGAACUCUCGUUGGGAAAAGCUCUGUAGCACCAGCAAUAAAAACCCAACACACUCGCUCAACACCACUGAAGACAGGGUUCAGCUUUUCUGCAACAGUGGUACACUAUAAAAGGGAUCCCACAUUUACAGCACAAUGCCUUUUGACCCUGCAGUGAGGCUAGACACGGGAGGUGGAGGGGGGGGGGGGGGGGGGUGUCCUUGUUGUGGAUGUAUUGAGGGAGGGGUGUGCACACUGAGCAGUAGUAGUGUCCAUGGCGAUGACAUUAUAAGAAGGCCAAACAUGACCAGCGAGGUGCAUCACCGUAUUGUACAAUGUGCCUCGUGUGUGUGUGUGUGUGUGUGUGUGUGUAUGUGUGUGUGUGUGUGUGUGUGUGUGUGUGUGUGUGUGUGUGUGUGUGUGUGUGUGUGUGUGUGUGUGUGUGUGCGCGCGCAUACGUACGUGUGUGUUCCUUGGUUUAUGUCCUGUCCAGAGAGAAAGUCCCCAUCAGCAUGAUUCUGCUUGAGUGAAAAUGUUUGGGCCGGAACAUUCUCCUGGUGUUCCACCCCAGGAUCAUAUAGGAACCCUGUAAUGGUGGUCACCCCAAGCACUGCCCAGGGACACACAGCCUGGAGUGUGUAAUGUACAGGCUCUACUAAACACUCUGUAAGGAGCAGGAGAGAGAAGAGGGAGAGGGGGGUUGCUGGAGACAUUGACAUCAACAGCAUGUGUUCUUUUGGCAUGUGCGUCUGGUACACUGUAAAACAGAGUAGGCAGCUCAGGUUGGAGAUGUUUGGGUUUACAGUGACACCGGCUGGGCCCGGGCCAAAACAACUUCGCAAGCCAAGCCGAGAAAACAGACAUGGGAGAGGAAAUAUGGCUGGAACCUGGAAAGCCACCAAGCUUCUAGUUGCACAUUUGUUUGAAAAGAACAGGAAAUGUCCUAAACAGAACGACAGAAAGCCAUGACAAAGUCCUCGCUAGUCAUUCAAUGACAGAGGAUUACAACCGCAGAGAGACACGUUUAUGGAGAUAGAAACCGUUCAGAACUGUCCCCAUGUAAGAUGGCCGACAAAAUGCGGCUCUACGAAGUCAGCCUCUCUAGAGUUGUAUCUCUAUGUAUGAGUCCAGCUAUCCUCUCUAUCCUCACUGAGCACACUGCUGAUGUGGUUGUAUAGUCUUACUGAGGUGUGACUGGUGAAGUAGCCAGAGAAAGCUCUUUAUUCGUCCAGUCUUGUCUGUGAUUAACCCACUGAUACUAGUAGAUCAUCUCUAGUAUAGAAUUAGUCCGCUUCUUCAGAGUUCGUUGAAUGGCCAUGGGAUUGGAUGAGGAGGAGCCUUGUUCUUAGAAGACUGCUGAGAGGGCGUAAUAAUAGAGGUUACGGCCGGGCUUUCUCUAAAUGAUCCUGGGCGCUUCUCUUUAAGAUAACGGUUUGGGAAGGUUGGUCUGAAGUGUAGUAUAGUAGUGUACAUGUACAGUCCCCAUGUGUCUCUCUCCUGCUCUCCUGUCUGGUCUCAUUGAGGGUUAUAUAACAGGGUUGGGAUGAGGACACUUCCCAAAGUGAACACACAGGGUUCUAGUGGUCUAAUGGUCUCUCCAGUCUAUAUGUGAAAAUUAUGCAAUUUUCUUUUCUUAAUUUGUUUCCCUUUUUUCUGGCUUGUGGAUUCAUUUUGUUGUCUUUUGCUCUUUUUUUGUACAGUGAUGUAAUUGAAAGACCUAUCGAAAAAGUUGUUUUUUUUCCUAUGUAAAGAACAAAACAUUUUAAAUGUACAACCUGGGGGGGGGUAUUGAAAUGUGAUCACAUGUAUUGUAUCCCUUGCCAAAGUGAUAUACAAAUUACAUGGGGUUUAAAAUGUAUUAUUUUUUAAGGCAUGCACAAUGGCUAGAAUAAGCAUGUUUCUACCUGUUUUUAAAAACUCCAAGAAGAGUUUUUUUUAGUUGUCGUCCAAGCUUUGGAGAUAAAACGUGUAAUUAAGUCUUGAUGUCAAGAAUCUCUAAUUCUAACUCUUUUACAAGUCAGUACCAAGCCAAGCAGUCAUUUCUAAACGGAAUAGGGUAGGAUUCAGCACUGCUGUUUUUUUACCACCAUUUUGAGCUACUUUACCUGCUAUAAAAAGAUUCCGAUUUUUUAAACAACAACACUUAAGAUGUGGAUACUCUGAAUUAUACUUGUGUGUACUGUAAGCCACACUUUUCAGGGUAAAUAAACACUACAUUGACAAAACAGAGGAAACAACAUUCCACAGUAAUGCAAAUGAAUUACGACUGAAUUAAUUAAGUCUGAUGAAAGAAAGAGUGAAGCCCUAAGACACAGUAACAUUAUGGGGACUGUGUAGCCCUCUGCUUCAGGUCAACACAUUGAGGGCUACUGCACAUCAUACAAACAGUCUCAGGAAUUAUGCACUUCUAAAUGAUUAACAAUCUUUUAAAACUAGGUUUUUAUUCAUAUUUCUACAAUUAAUACAACUAAACUUUUCUAAACGCUAUCAAACAACAUCUGCAUCCUUUCUUACACAGGAAACCCAUCAGGAAACACCAUAUAGAUAAGGCACAUCAAGUAUUGUCAAUCAGUACACACAUGAGAAAGCUAAUGUAUUACUACAUACACAUUCUCAAGACUAGUUUGAUGGCAAGAAAAUCCCUUUAAUCUGCAGAGUUACGGCAAAACAGACCCAUAACCCUACUUCUGUGGCCACUUCCUUGUAUCCAAGCCUAAACCAGCCCCCUUGCCGGAAACGUUGGUGCUAUCAACCCUCAUCUUGGGUUGCAUUGAAUCAGUGACAAGGAAGGUCAUUUACCAGGCAAGUUCAGAUAAAUAUUUCCGAGGAGAUGGAAGCAAGGACCUACAGACAGCUCAAACACUCUUCCAAUUGGCAGGAACGGACACCAUCUGUGGUGGCAGAGAGCAAGCCCUGGAGGUUGUGACACUAUUAAAUACCUGCUGUACCAUCACUCUAGCGCACAUCUACCACCAGCGCCACUUGUCCUAACCUCACAUGUAGGGCUGCAUUCAAACCAGUGGCAUGGGGGGUGUGGAGAGGUAACAGACCCAGGUUUACGUCAUCAGGUCUGGCACCGCCCACUCUUGAGACAAAGGGACCCGUCCAAACAUUUUAACGAGACCGGCUGUGUUGAAAGUUUUUAUAAACAAGGGCUUUAUAGUUUCAGCACAGUCUCCUUCAUCCCCCCUUCACCAUAGAAACAAAAACACAACAUAUCGCUAUCCCAAUAUUUAUCUCCCUAACAGAACGUGGUGACCAUGUUUGUUGCUCAAGGACCUAAUCAAACCUUUAGCCUUGUUGUGCCAAUGGGUGAUACGCAGUGCUGUCAACUUCACUAGCCUGAAAAUGAUGCAGCACCCCCCCCCCCCCC